CGCCGCCUGCCACCCGCAGCCGCGCGCAUCUCGUUCCAGCCCUCAUUCCGCGCAUUCCUGCCUCGCCGCGUCCUAGCCCCGGCCGGCGGCCGCCGAGCGCCCGCAGCGCCCCGCAGGUCCCGCAGAAGCUGCUCCAAGCAGAGCCUUGGAGGGCCAGGCCGGCACCAUUACCUCCAACGCGUGGAGCUCUCCCAACUCCCCCGAGGGGAGCAGCGUCUCCGGGGGCAGCCAGGCCUUGGACAAGCCCAUCGACAAUGACGCGGAGGGCGUGUGGAGCCCCGACAUCGAGCAGAGCUUCCAGGAGGCCCUGGCCAUCUACCCGCCCUGCGGCCGCCGCAAGAUCAUCCUGUCGGACGAGGGCAAGAUGUACGGUCGGAACGAGCUGAUCGCCCGCUACAUCAAGCUCCGGACAGGGAAGACCCGUACCAGGAAGCAGGUCUCCAGCCACAUCCAGGUAUUGGCUCGUCGCAAAGCCCGUGAGAUCCAAGCCAAGCUAAAGACCCAGUUCUACCAGAUCCUUCCCCAGCCAUGGCCCGUUCCUUAUCCCCGUGAAAGAGUCCGUCAGGAAGGUGAAGAAAGUCCAGGACCCGGGGCGAUAGCACAGCAGGACCAGGCCGCUAAGGACAAGGCCCUGCAGAGCAUGGCGACCAUGUCAUCGGCCCAGAUCAUUUCUGCCUCCGCCUUCCACAGUAAAAUGGCCCUGGCCCGGGGCCCCGGCUACGCAGCGGUCUCGGGGUUUUGGCAGGGAAAUUUGCCGGGACAAGCCGGAACAUCCCACGAUGUGAAACCUUUCUCUCCACAAUCCUACGCCGCCGUCCAGCCUUCCCUGCCGCUGCCAGGCGCUGCGCCCUCCCCGCCCGCACCCCCGUGGCAGGGCCGCAGCGUGGCCAGCUCCAAGCUGUGGAUGCUGGAGUUCUCCGCCUUCCUGGAGCAGCAGGACCCCGACACGUACAACAAGCACCUGUUCGUGCACAUCGGCCAGUCCAGCCCCAGCUACAGCGAUCCCUACCUCGAAGCCGUGGACAUCCGCCAGAUCUACGACAAGUUCCCGGAGAAGAAGGGGGGGCUCAAGGAGCUCUUUGAACGGGGGCCCACCAACGCCUUCUUCCUCGUGAAGUUCUGGGCAGACCUCAACACCAACCUGGAGGACGAAGGCAACUCCUUCUAUGGGGUGUCCAGCCAGUACGAGAGCCCAGAGAACAUGAUCAUCACCUGCUCCACCAAGGUCUGCUCCUUCGGCAAGCAGGUGGUGGAGAAAGUGGAGACCGAGUAUGCCCGCUACGAGAACGGCCACUACUCCUACCGCAUCCACCGGUCGCCGCUGUGUGAGUACAUGAUCAACUUCAUCCACAAGCUGAAGCACCUGCCGGAGAAGUACAUGAUGAACAGCGUGCUGGAGAACUUCACCAUCCUGCAGGUGGUCACCAACAGAGACACGCAGGAGACGCUCCUGUGCAUCGCCUACGUCUUCGAGGUGUCCGCCAGCGAGCAUGGGGCUCAGCAUCACAUCUACCGGCUGGUGAAGGAAUGAGAGACUCGGGGAGCA